CCUAAAUACAGAUUACACCAUUAGGGUUUUUGAGUCCAUAGGGGUUUUUGCUCAGACUUCCAUCCAUGGACACCACCAACUUCCCCUACCCCUCCAUCAAGGACAAGAAGAAGAAAAGGAAGAACCAGACCCCAGAAACCGAAUUCCACUCGGACCUAACUCUAUGCUCCAAGAACAAAGACCUGCGCGGCGCAAUCUCGCUCUACGAGACCGCGAUUUUACAAGGCUUGCGCCUGAACCAGCACCACUUCAAUGCCCUCCUCUACCUCUGCUCCAACACAUUCACAGACCCAUCACAGAAAACCUUAGCUUUGGACCACGGCUUUCGCAUAUUCGACCACAUGCUGUCAAACAACGUCCACCCCAAUGAGGCCUCGAUCACCGCCGUCGCUCGCCUUGCCGCGGCGAAGGGAGACGGGGAUUACGCCUUUGGGUUGGUCAAGAGCAUGGGGAAGUACGGAAUUGCGCCGAGAUUGCGCACGUAUGACCCGGCAUUGAUGUGUUUCUGUGAGAAUUCGGAGGCGGAGAAGGCGUAUGAGGUAGAAGAGCAUAUGGGUGUGAUGGGGGUAAGUGUGGAGGAACCAGAGCUUGCUGCGUUGUUGAAGGUGAGCGCGGAGACGGGGAGGGGAGAGAGGGUUUAUGGGUAUUUGCAUAAGUUGAGGAAUUCGGUGAGGAGCGUUGGCAAUUCGACGGCGAAGUUUAUCGAGGAUUGGUUCAGCAGUGGGAAGGCUAGGGAGGUGGGAGAGGUGAAUUCGGAGGUGGGGAGGGUGGAAGAGGCGGUGUCGAGGAACGGUGGAGGAUGGCAUGGUUUGGGGUGGAUUGGGAAGGGGGAUUGGGUUGUGAAGAGAGCAAAUGUGGAUUCGGCUGGGCGGUGUAGAGGUUGUGGGGAGCAAUUGGCGUGUGUGGAUAUAGAUGAUGCGGAGACGGAGAGGUUUGCGCAAUCGGUUGCUGCGUUGGCUAUGGAAAGGGAGGUCAAUGCGAACUUUAGGGAGUUUCAGGGUUGGCUGGAAAAACAUGCUGGUUUUGAAUUUAUAGUUGAUGGAGCAAAUAUUGGACUCUACCAACAAAAUUUUGCAGAUGGUGGAUUCAGUGUUUCUCAGCUUGAUGCUGUUGUUAAAGAAUUGUACAAUAGGAGCGGAAACAAAUGGCCACUGGUUGUCUUGCAUAAUAAACGCCUUGGGUCACUUCUGGAAAAUCCUUCCCACAGAAAGCUGGUAGAGGAGUGGAUGGAUAAAGGCGUUCUUUAUAUGACACCAACUGGUUCUAAUGAUGAUUGGUAUUGGCUAUAUGCUGCAGUCAAAGUCAAGUGUUUACUUGUGACAAAUGAUGAAAUGAGAGAUCACAUUUUUGAACUCCUAGGAAGUAGCUUUUUCCUAAAGUGGAAAGAAAGACAUCAAGUUCGGUAUACUUUUGGGAAGGGUAGUGUGAAACUUCAGAUGCCGCCUUCAUAUUCAUCUGUUAUCCAGGAAUCAGAAAAAGGAUCAUGGCAUGUGCCUGUUGCUGGCGACAGCAAUGAGUGCGAGGAGUCUUUGAGAACUUGGCUCUGCAUUACUAGGCCAAGUGCUUGUGAAGCUUUUGACGAAGUUCCAAUCAAUGUGGAAACUUCUGAAAAUGGUCACCCCAUCUACAACCUUGCAUCAAUAAAUCCUUGCAAGUCAGAGAGUGUUACAACCGGCAAUGGCUUGCAUAACAGCCCGGAGUCCUUUCGGUUUUCUGAAGAAGUUCCAAUCAGUAAAGCUACUUCCUUGACAGGUAAAAGAAAGGAGAGGUCCCCAUCUCCUUCCAAUUGAUGCUUUUUAAUAAAGAUAAUUCUGUUUAGUUGAUUCAUGUACAACUGCAAUACAACUUGAUGAUAUGGGCAGUAAGAAUCAGCAAUUUUUCUUAUUCCAAAAGCUGAUUUUUAUUGCCACGUCAUCCAGUUGUACAAGAGUCUACUAAAUAACAUUACUCUUUAAUAAAAGCCUAGCCUAGCUUAUGUGUCAUGGACCUGUCAACUGCUUUGGAGAUGUCCUUGAUCAAGCAAGAUGUAGUAAAGCAGCUGCGGUGUGUGACCUAUUGUAAGUUAACGUUUUUAAAGGUCUUCAAUUAAUCACACCUACAGUUGCGGAUUUUUGCCUUAGUCUACUGCAUGGAGUUGAUAAAUUGUCUUGUAACCCAAUGUGAUAGUGUACAAUAAUGAAGAUAAUUAAAAACCAAGUUUCCAACAACAAUAUGGAUUGGAACUUCUUGUUUAUGGACCAUAUUUGAUGUUACUUCAGAGUUUGGUUGGCCGCCGUGGAGGUGUUGUCUCAAGCGAAAAGGUUGAAGGAGUUUGUGAAAUCUUCUAGGGUUGGAAAUAAAGCCUUCAUCGCCUAUUAUCUGGCAUUGGUGUGUUCCCAAUGGCGUCGGUGUUGAGAGCUCCGGCUGGGGAUGUUGGUAAACGGUCAUUAUGCGGAGGCUUUAGUUAGGUCGGGGCAUAUUUCGGCGAACAAUAUGAUGUGCUUGUCCUUGUGGUAUUUCCAGUGCUAUAGAGCUAAAAGUAUGGGGUGUCAAUGGUAGGGGAGUGUUUGGGAAAAGGAGCUCAAAGAAUCCCAAAUAAUAUCCCACUGGUGAAGGCUGGGGCAAAUUGUGUGAGUGGCUGUAGGAGUGAUAAUGGCGUCAACUUUGUUUUUCUAAACCUGAGGAGCUUGCUGGAUUGAUGUGGGCUUGUGUCCUUUUGGUUCGGAGAAAAGAGCAAGCCCAAAGUUGGUCGCUUUUGUUGAGUCGAAGUCUAACCUCAGUAAAGAGGGCCCAUUCUACCCAAAAGUCUCAUUUCUGUCUUUUGGGCCAAUUGUUUUAGAUAUUUUUGUUUUUAAUGUUGUUUUUACUAAUAGUGACACUUGUAAUCAUAGUAUUGGUGUUGAUGUGGCACACUAACAAAAUUCAAGUAUUUUGAUAGAAUUUGACUGCAGGAACUAAAUUGUUAUUUUGGCAUAUUCCGAUAACUUAUUUUUUUAUAC